AUGGCUAGUAGUACAGAAGAUGUAUAUUGCACGAUGGUCACGAGCGACUCGUACCUUCCAGGCGCUGCUGUACUUGCGCAUUCUCUCCGGGACAAUGGCACCAAGAAGAAGCUCGCCGUGAUAGUUACUACCGACUCGUUACGAUCAAGUACUCUCACCGAAUUAAAGUCUUUAUACGACUAUGUCAUCCCCGUGCAGCGCAUCUCCACUUCGAACAUUGCCAAUCUCUACCUCAUGGGCCGUGGUGACCUCCGCGAUACUUUCACAAAAAUCGUCCUUUGGCGCCAGACCCAAUUCCGCAAGAUCGUCUAUCUGGACGCUGAUACUGUCGCACUUCGCGCUCCCGAUGAGCUGUUUGAUGUCGAGGCCUCCUUUGCCGGCGCACCAGAUGUCGGCUGGCCAGAUGCCUUCAACACUGGAGUCAUGGUGCUCAAGCCGAACAUGGGAGACUUCUGGGCCCUGCAAACACUUGCCGCCACCGGAGACAGCUUUGACGGGGCAGACCAAGGUCUGCUGAACCAGUACUUCGAGCACAAGAACUGGCACCGCUUGAGCUUCGUUUACAACUGUACACCAAGCGCCAACUACCAGUACGAACCCGCCUACCGCUACAACAAGUCGAGAAUCGCCAUGGUGCAUUUCAUUGGAAAGAACAAGCCUUGGAACACAAGCAGAUCUCGGGAUGCAGCUCCCGGAGCCUACAACGAGCUUCUGCACCGUUGGUGGGCUGUCUACGACAAGCACUUCAAGGAGACUGACAUGUUGCAGGUUCCCGACUACACGUCAGGUCGUUACUCGCCUGGAUCUUCUCAAAUCGCUCAACCCGAGGCUUCUGUCACGACCACUGAGCCCAGUUUUGCUGAGCCCAGAGAGUUGGCUGAAGAGCUGGACCAAGGACGUGUCGAACCGACAUCAACCCAGGAGCAAAGAAAAUUUACAGCCCAGCAGGCAGAGUGGGAUGCUACUCGCUCCGAGCCUCCCGCUGGCUCAAGACCUGAGGCCGCCAAUUUCCCCACCCAGACUUAUGACUUUAACCAAGACAAGGACUUCUUCCGCCCACCCAAGUCCUACCCUGAACCCCCCAAGGACAUGUGGUAUGAAGUCCCCAAAUCCAAGCCUGACCCGCCUACGGCCAAGCCUAAGCCCAUUUUCCCAUGGGAAGAAAGAGAAAACGCCGCUCCUACCAGGAAAUUCGUUGAGGAUCUUGAAUCUCCCAACUCUACCCCUGGAGUUACCAUUCCAUCGGCCGACUACACAUCCAGCCUCAACAGCCCUGCUACUCCUACCAUCAAGGUCACGAGUGCCCCCUGGGAGAGCUUCAACACGGGAAACAGAAAUGCCUGGGAUGAAGUGCAGGGCAUCGAUACAUACAUUCGCAGAUUGCAAGAUUCUCAAUCGAGUGGUCGUAAGAAUUCCAUCCAGGCACAAUCUCCUGCAACAAGCACUGCAUUCGAGCGCAAAGAAAGCCUGGUAAUCACUCACUUCCCUUCUGAAGUCGAUCGUCCAAGUUUGCCCGUUACCCCAGCACCAAUUCACAGAUCCAACUUCUGGGCAGGUGAGCGAAACGACAAUGGACAACUUCCAUCUGCAGCAGGUGUGCCUGAACAGGCAGAUUGGGUACGUACCUCUUAA